CGCCAGCUCUCGUUGCGCAAUAAGUUUGUUUUAGUUCCCAGCGACUGCGCACGCCCUCCGGCCUGCGCUAAAUUUCUGCGCCGCAGCCGCUGCAGUCAGCUUCCGGCGUGCUAGCUUCCAUAUGGCUGCGACCCUGCUGGUGCGGCAGCAGCGCGGCGCUGCGGCGUCCUGCGCUGCAGCGCCAGGCCGGGCCCGGUGCUGCAGUUUUCCUGCUACACCUCGGCUUUUGGCGCUGCGCCCCAGCACCUCGGCUCUUCGCGUCCUGAACACAGCCUCGGGCUCGCGCGGGUCUCCUCAGCAGCAGCAGGAGCUGCAGCGUAAGCAUGUGAAGCCCGCCAACCCCGGUUCGCCGCUCGCCGCGGCCGCACGCCGGGCCAGCGCCGCCCGUGCGGUCGUCUCCAGCACCUCGGACUCGCUGUCCCGCCUGCUCACCAACCUUGCCGGUCCUACCCUCAUGGCGGGGCUGGCGGGUGGUCUGCUGGUGGCCGCCGCGGCCAUGCAUCAUGGCGACGGCGGCGCAGCGGCGGAGCACGCGCAUGCAGCUGCCUCGGCGAUUCCUGGUGGGUCGCUCUACCCCGCGCGCGAGUUCGGCCCAGCGGAUAUCGUGGACACGGCGUUUGGACCCACCCGCCCCGUGUGGGCCCUGAUGCUGCACUCCCAACACUACGCCGCCGCCGCAGCUGCCUCCUCGGUCGCCAAGCACGCGGACGUGGUCACCACGGCCGCAGCUCAGCACCUGCCUCAGCUGCCCCACCUGCCGCUGCCCGACGUGUCCGGUGUGUCGGAUGCGGGCAGCGGCGUAAGCCCCAUGGCAGAGCCCUCUUCGGCGUCCGAGCUGUGGACGCAGGCGCGUGGGGCGGCGCAGGAGGCGGCAGCGCACGUGUCUGAGGCCGCGCACGGCGUGGUGGCUCAGACCGUCGACGGCUACAACGCGUGGCUCGAGGAGAGCCCGCUGAUGUGCAAAAUCGUGACGGGCAACUUCUUCACCGUCGCUGGCGACAUGCUGGCGCAGCUGGCAUGCGGUGGAGGCGGAGGCGGGCACGGCGCACCUGAGGCCGCCGAGCCCGAGGCCGCCACAGCUGCUGGCGCUGCCGCUGACGGGCGCCGGCGUGUGGACUGGGCGCGCACCGCCCGCCUGUGCACCGAGACGUCGCUGGUCGGGACUCCCAUGGCGCAUUUCUGGUUCAACCUGCUUGAUGCGCGCAUCCUGCCCGACGACCCUCACUGCCCCGCCGCCGUGCUGAGCAAGAUGCUGCUGGACCAGGUGCUGUUCGCGCCGCUGGGCCUGGCGCUGUUCUUCGUGGUCAUCAAGCUGCUGGAGGGCCGCCCGCACGACAUCAGCCGCAGCCUCAAAACCAGCUACGUCAAGUCUCUAUUGGGCGGCUACCUGCUGUGGCCCGCCGCCGGGCUGCUCAACUUCGCGCUGCUGCCCAACGAGUACCGCCUGCUGUUCAACAACUGCGUCAACAUCAUCUGGACCUGCUUCCUGUCCAUCAUGUCGAGCUCCGACGACAGCACUGAGAGUGCGACCGCCGCCGCGGCCACCCCGUCUGCCCCGGCCCCAUCUGCGCCGGUUGCUGACAUGGCGACUGGCGCCACCGCCGCUAUGCCAGUGGCCGAUGGGGCUGAGAGCUCCGGCCCUGGCGGCUUCAUGGUGGGGGCCCAGGACCUCGCGGCCGCGGCUGUGACCGCGGCCGCACUGGGCGCCGUUGUGCAAGGCAACCAGCCUGCGUUCGGCGCUGUGGCGGGCCUGGCGGUGGCGGUGGUGGAGGCGACCUGCAACUCGGCCGUGAACGCCGUCGCGGCGACCGCAGCUGUUUCACAUGAGCAGCAGACCCUCAUGUCGCAGUCAUUCACGUCCAGCAGCAGCGCCGGCGUGGAGGCGCGCCCCUUCGCGGCUGGCGGCUCUGUGCUGGUCGGGGGUCCCUGCCUCGAGGUUUGCGAGCCCGAGCGUGACGAGACCACCCGGUAAAGCUCACCUGUCGGCUGGAAGGAGCUGAGUAUUGGUACUGGAUAUGGGGAGAGUUACUCGGCGCGGCCGCUUGCUUGCGAUUGGAGCAGCGGAGGUUCCUUGCUGGCAGCUUGUGUAUGUGGCGGGGUUCGAGCCGAACUGCCCCACAUUAGGGGGCAAAGUAUGCUGAGUAUCUAUGUACAUGCACGUGAGCAUGCACUUAUCAGGAGUGCGCGCGGCUGGCAUGCAGGCGCGGGCACGUGCGAGUGCUGUGCAGGGUGCCGCAGGUGCAGACGUGUACCGGUGACUCCUGGCAGCUUAGCCAUCACAGAAGGGGCACAUACAAUUAGUUUGCUAGGUGUAGGACAGGCAUUAUACAAAAAAAGAGAAAAAAUGUUCUCCAAUGAUUUGGGGGAUGAUUGCACCCCAGACUGUACCGUAGGAGGCGGGUAGUGGGGCGGACAGUCUCGUGACAUGGUGCGGCUGUGCACGGAUGAGCUGAAUGGACGUGCAAGCUGACAGGCAGUUGGCCAAAUCGUAUAGGGGGACGUUGCAUCGAGGCAUGUAGGUGGUGGGGCCAUUGCCGCACCUUGAUACUCACAGUUGUGUUCACUGCGGCACUUGCUAGGGCACCACAUGCUAGGGUGGUAUGCAGAUAAGGUGCGGCAAGCAGGGCGGCAUACCGCAGAUGCUGGGAUGGUUGUAGCCUGGCGAAUGAAUAAAGUCUAUAAGUUGGAUGGAGGAGGGCGCAUGUAGUGAGGUGGAUGCAAACUGAGGUGUUGAUUGCGCCCAGUAGUUGUCUGGAGUAGCCGAUGCACGGCUUUAGGGUAUAUGCACACGAGAUGAAGAUAGAGCAUACAGCAAACAGCGAUGUCGGAUGGGUCGAUGGCUGCGGCAGUUUGGCCGGAUAGCAAAAGCGUGCGCAGCGGACAGUCUCGUGACAUGGACAUCGUGGUGCUUGGGUACGUGCAGUGUGGAGUGCAUAGUCAUUGAUUCUAAUUAUAGAGGGACGGUGCCAUGCACGGCGCUGGAGCGAUUCAAGUAACGGGAGAUUGAUUCUUUCUGCGCGUGCGACUGCCCGAGUUCAAGUGUUCGCGUCAAGACGCUGCCGCGCGUGGCUGUGUGCAGAGGUCCUCCCUACCGCAGAUCACCGGCCUUGAAGGCCAGACCGCUGUAAUAAAGCCUGCAUGAUUGGCUAUGAAUACGGGAACCGGACCAUGAAGGGGGAUGGGGUUCUCGUGAACGGGAAGGGCCACACCAUGCACACUGCGCACGCACUUGCACCUGCUCCUGAUACACGGAUGAGCGUUUCCACAUCCCUGAGUCACAGGAGGUUUUGGUGAGCAACCCAGAACGCGCUUGACAUCAGUAGCGGGAUCUCAGACAGCGGCGACGGGUUAAAGCUCUUUGCAUUCUCUGCAUCAGCGCCUCAGCGGGAAGUUGGUACUGAGUGCGCCGCGAACUAAAUUACUAAAGAGUCACGGUAACUGGUCGGUCGGUAACUGCUGAGUUUGUCACGUGUUGCCAGUGUUGCGCUCACGCCUGCCAGCCCAGCUCAGGGGACCACGCGCGUCCACAAGGCAAGCCGAAUACACGCUGGCGCUGCUGUGAUGCACUGUGGCCCCGCAAAACUCUCGCGCGCCGUGUCAUCAACUACCGGGCGGACUUCCCUUCACGGCUCCGGUU